UUAAAAACACAGUGUAGAUUAUAUAAAUUCAAACCUCUAAAGCAACUAAGAGGUAUCAUUAGUGUCAAUCACAUUGCCCACUGACGUUUUGCAGCAGCCCUGGUUUCCUAGCAGCUGUCAAACUAUCGCUGUCUGCGCCUCACCCGCUCGUACGUAAACAGAACUGAGAGCGCAAAAGCUCGCUGCGCGCGGCAUUGCCAGGUGAGGCGUUCGAAAGUUGCGACAAAAGCUGCUUACUGAGCUUUCGCAGUCAGCUGUUCGGCGCCGUUACAAAGUGCUGCCGGCUUACUGCCACCCACCCACCACCCACCGACCCACUGGCCCCGUCCGCUCGCAGCACACCACCCCCCGCCCUCCCCACAAGGCCGCACUCCUGCGGGCAGCAAAAGUGGGAGCUGCUUAAAUGGCGCUGCCAGGACUCCUCGGGCUUCAGUUGGUCGCGAGACUGCGAAGCUGUCGGUUUGCCUGCUCAGCGGUGAAGGUGCAAUCCUAACACACAUAAAGUCUCGAAUCCGUUGGAAUUUGAACACGAUUACCGUUAGGCGUUUGAAGUGAACGGAACCGAAGUGAACUAAACUGAACUACACAAGUCCGGGUUCGCGUCGUGUUUGUUUAUUUACUUUUAUUUUUGUUACAUCUUUUUUUUCGAGUGACCACCGACCGAAUUCAUGAGUCCGUCGGCGACCUGACCCCAAAAGUCGAAACUUCCACCGAACAGUUGCAACCGUAAAUGUGGUGAGAAUGUCGCCAGCUGAGCAACUUCGCUUGGUCGGAGUAUCGGAUGCCUACCAGUUGGCGGCGAGCAGCGGCGGAGCAGCAGGCGGAGGAGGAGGCGGAGGCGGCGGCGGAGGAGUGGGAGGAUAUGGUGGCGGUGGAUCCGGAGGAGAUGCAGGCGGCGGUGGCGAGAAAAUGAAGGAUGUGCCCGACAAAUAUGUGACGGCACUCUCGCACUUCCUCGACUGGCAUUCCAAUGGCACGGUUGACAUGGAGCGACUCAGUGGUCCCAUCCUGAAGUCCAGCAUCAAGUCGGUCUACUGGCUGUUCCUCAUCCAGUACGCAGCUCUCGCCCUACUGGGCGUGGUGCUCAAUGUGAUCAUCGUGGUGUACAUCAUGUACCACCGGCUCUACAAGGAUGUGACCCAUGCGUUCAUCAUCAAUCUGGCCCUAUGCCACUUCGUCCAGUGCGCCCUCGUCCUGCCCGUCUCGCUGAUGGUCAUGCUCAUCCAGAACUGGAUCUUUGGCCAGUUUCUAUGCUUCUUUCUGCCCAUGCUGCAGGACAUACCGCUGCACGUGGCCAUGAUCUCCCACAUCCUGAUCGCCUGGGACCGGAUGCGCUGGCUGAACGAUCCGCUGAAGGGGCGCCUGCCAGGAUUCGUCUGCUGCUGCGCCACCUGGCUAACCGGAAUGGUGAUUGCCCUGCCCUACCCCAUCUACACCAUCUACGUGGAGCUGGGGGACUACAUGCCGCAGCUGUCGGGGAUCGGCCUGUGCGUGGUCAACCUGAUGGACGACAUGCAGGAGUACACGCGCGGACUCUUCCUGCUGAUGUACUGCGGCCCGGCCAUCCUGCUGUCCUACCUGUACAUCCGCACCUCCCAGGAGCUGCGUCCACCCGAUGGACCCUUCGCCGUCAUGAUGUACGAGCACCGCGCGGAUCUGCGGAUGCGCCAGAGGAACUCCUCCACAUCCUCGGUGGAGCCGCGCCACCUGAGCGGCGGGGGCGUGGCGGGAUUGAGCAAUGGAGGCGGCAGCUCCGCACGCUCCUACGACUUGUACAGCGCCGAACUGGACGUGCAUCGCGAGAAGCGGAAGCAGCGCAACUUUGGUAGCAUGGCCGCCACCCAGGUGGUGUGCAUGUGCCCACUGAUGAUACUGCGCUUCGCCAGGCUAUCGCUGGAGGAGACCUACGAGAAUGCCAAGCACUUCGACUUCACCUACCUGAUGUUCGUGUGGGUGGCCUUUCUGCCCACGGUCAUCUUUCCCUGCAUCUACGCCUCGCAGAUAUUGCCCAGAGAUGAACAGGAGCGUCUGAGGGGCUAUUUCCGGCUAUCCUCGAAGCGCAAGCAGAAGUCCCAGCGUCGCAGCGAUGCUGGCGGAGGAUCCGGUGUGGGGGCCAGUUCCCGCGAGGAUUCCAUUGAGAAGGACGAGGCCUCGAACACGACCAGUGUUCACCACGCUGCUGAGCCGCACAAGCACUCGUCAAAGUUGCGGCACGAGCGCGAGAUGCGUCUGCCAGGACACGGCUCGUCGGCUGGCGGAGAUCGCUACACAGGAGCACCAUAUCGCCAGGGCAAGGACAGGGAAAGGGACAGGGAUAGGGAGCGUGAUAGGGAUAGAGAUAGGGAGCGGGAACGGCAGAGGGCGGGCGGACGCGGUGCCGGAGACGCCGGUGUGGUCAACAAUCUGGGCAAAGAUGUGCGCGGCAAGAAGCACGACGUCAAGAUCAACAUCAUCUCGGAUGGCGUCGGUCAUGGCGCCACCAGUCACCAUGCCGCUCAUCCCGCCCAUCGCAAACAGCCGGGCGGCAACAACAAUAACAACAACAACAGCAGCAGUCGAAGUCGCACCAAUCCCGGCCAGCGGCAUGGCGGCAGCAAGCUAACCGCCGACUGUCUGUCCAACGUGACCGCCUCGACGUUCUGCAACGGCAGCGGAAGCGUAACUGCCGGCGCAACUGGAAACGGAAAUGGCCUGAGCGGCGUUCUAAUCCCAGACGACAGCAGCACCAGCAACUAUGGCGACGGCGAGGAGAGCUCCGUGGUCAGCAGCAUGAUGGUGCCGCCGCAACGCUGGCCAGGAUCGGGCGGCGGUGUCCUGCGCCACAAGGACGUUUCAUUCAGCGAGUGCAGCAGCACCUUCUCGUCGAGCACUCUGGAGCGCGACCUGGAGAUCAUGGACCAGCUGGAGCGGGAACGGAGCAUGGACAUCCAAGAGAUGCUGCAGCGCGAACGGGAGCGGGAGAAGGUGCGCCGCCAGCUGCCGGACAUCGAGAAGCUAUACGCACAGCGUUCGCCAAAGGGAAAGCGCGGUGAGGCAGCUGGAGCCGGAACUGGAACCGGAGCGGGAUUGGCGCUGGUCAUGCCUGGCAGUGAUCCGCUGAGCAGUCUCUCGCAGUCCCGCUCGCUCUCCACGGAGUACAGCCUGUGCUCCACCUUGGAGACCAGCGGCGCAGGGGUGUCCGUUGGCCACGACGAGGUGCUGCCGCACCACCUGGAGGAGGUGGAUGAGGAAGUGGUGCCGCCGGACUUCUAUGACAGCUAUACGCCAGGCGGCUCCCAGAACCUGCCACCCAAUGCGGGUGGCGCUGCUCCGGUGGCCACCGCUGCAGUUCCCGCCUAUCAGUACCAGUACAGUCGCAAUCGGCUGAGCCGCAAGAGUUCCGGCUCCAGUUCGGGGCACCAUCAUCACGGUCAUCAUCAUGGCCAGCAUGGCGGCGGGGGCGUUGGAGGCGUGGCCGGAGGACGCGGCUCCAAGCGGGACAGCUUCAAUUCGCUAAACGGCACGGAUCUGAUUGCCGGCGCCUUCUGCGAGCUGGAUCCCACGCAACCGCUGAACAAGAUGGCCGUGAUCGAGGGCCGGAUGCGACGCAGCAGUCCGCGCAACGCCAGCUUCAGCUCCGGAUCCGGGGUGUCCGGACGCAGCUCGAUGAAGUCCUCGUCGCGGGACUACGACUACGGGCACGGCUCCUCCUCGCAUUCGGCGCAUCCGGAGCUCGAUUUCAGGGAGAACAUCUUUGCGGAGCUGUAA